AAAUUUAUACUUUAUCGUAUUUUUGCUGUUAAAUUUGCCUUAUUAAAUUCUAAUAUUUUGUCUCUAAGUUCAAAGUUAGUUUUGCUAUAGAACAUUUUUCUAUCUUUUAUAUGUAUACUGCAUAAACAGUAACUUAAUUUCAAUGUUUAUGACAGUCAUCUGUAUAAAAAGUAAUUAUUGGUUGAGUGUGCUUUGUAUAUGGUUCCCGUGUACUUUCUUAUCAUUCUGCUUUCGAUUUUGCACUUACAUACAUCCUUGAGGCCAUAACAAGGAGAAAAAAAUGAGUCACUUAACCGUUUAGGUAACAUUGGUGUUGCUUCUUUUCAAAUUUGUAUGCAAUAUUGCAACAUAUAUAUAAUAGACUUUCCUUGCAAUUUAAAUGAUUUGGUUAGUUGAAGACUACAUAUUGUCAAACAUUGGAUCCCUGCAAUAUAUCAGGUAUCGAUUAUUUUUUUCUCAGUAUUUUAACUUUCGUUUUAUCAUUACUCAUAAAAACAAAACUGAAAUAGGAGAAAUACUUGGGAAAUACAUCACUUUCAAGACUGAUCCUAUCAAUGGCAACAUAUGGAGCUUCAAUUUCUGCUCAGCACUAUAUUGAGUGCGGAAACUGUGAGGAAAACCCUGCACAAUAUCUUUGCAAAACAUGCGCAGGUUAUCUGUGCGAGACUUGUACAAUAGAACACAAGAAAAAGAAAAUUACGAGAAAUCAUGAUAUCAUUCACUUGAUCUCGGAUAAAGGGGAGGGUAUGGAACUUCUCUUUUGUCCGGAACACACAACAAAAAAGCUCGACUGCUAUUGCUGUCCAUGCCAGAAGCCUGUUUGUGUCAAAUGUUUGAUGGAAACCCAUAAUGGUCAUAAAGUAGAAAAUCUGGCCUCAGUAUACUGCAGAGUAAAAGAUGAGCUUGAAAAAGAGAAAGAGGAGAUAGAAACAACAUUACUGCCUAAAUACAAAGAAUUGUUGUCUACGGAAAAUGCAAAGAUAUCCCAAAUAUCACAAAGAACUAACGAAGUAGAGAGGCAAAUUUGUAAUCACACAGUAAAAGUCAUUUCUCAAAUUUCAGCAAUCAAAGACCAUAGAGUGCAGGAUCUGCGAAAUAGAGAACAAGGAGUUCUUAUGUUAGUUGAGAACGCAAAACGAAACAUAGAAACAAAAAUCGAUACCCUGGAGAAAAUAAAAACUCAAAUAACAAACAACCUUGGAGCAAAUCCAGGAAUUACGUUUUUUAAGGCAAUCAAUAGGAAAACAUUAACGGAUAUGAGAAAUUUUCCCAAAAAUACCGAAUACAAACUUGACGACUUUAAGGGUAACAUAAAUGGUAUAUCACAAGAAAAGAAUUUUGGAAAUUUGCCCGAAUUUUCUGUCUUCAAACCUGAAGAUUCCAAAGACCAGAAACAUGACAAAAGAAGUUACAAAUUUAAACCAAAAUUUGACAAGACAGAUGAUUGGUUGCUAGGUAAAGAUCCAGUGAAAGUCAAAAAUCGUCGGAGUAAAGAAUUUGUAGACCGUAGGAAUGAAGAGAGAAGGUAUUGGUUUCCUAAUGAAGAGAAAGAAAAAAAACAUGGUUUUAAUUACGGGGGUUGGAGUAAAGACCAUGGCAGUGAUGAAGAUAAUGGAACAUUUUAUCACGACGAUUAUUAA